GGGCUAUCCGUUGCCGUCCGACUCACACACAGAUCCCGCAAAUAGGAAAAGCAGCAUCGGCGGCGGCGGCGGCGGCGGCGUUCUGAGGCGGGGCUGCCCCGGUUGCUUCGCCCUUUCCCUGACUCGUUCUCCUCUCCUCCCCGUCUCCUCUCCCCCCCACCCCUCGCCCGGCUUCCCUGAUCUUCCCGUCCCGUUCUCUCGGCCGGCCAGACAAGGCCAGGCCGCGGGAAUCGCCAUUCCCCCCUCCCACCGGUCCUACUUUUCCCUCUCCUUCUCUUUUUCCCGAGAGCCGAACCUAGUAUUGGGCUGGGCCUGGCUGCGGUAGCCAGUGGGGGACAAGUCGAGGCCAGGGGUCAGACGGGCGGAGGAACAGUUCACCGAGCCAGCCAAGAUGAUCAAGCUAUUCUCGCUGAAACAGCAGAAGAAGGAGGAGGAAUCGGCCGGCGGCACCAAAGGCUCCAGCAAGAAAGCCUCUGCCGCUCAACUCCGCAUCCAGAAAGAUAUAAAUGAACUGAAUUUGCCAAAAACAUGUGAAAUAGACUUUUCAGACCAGGACGAUCUUCUCAAUUUUAAGCUAGUUAUCUGCCCUGAUGAGGGAUUCUAUAAAGGUGGAAAAUUUGUGUUCAGCUUUAAGGUCGGGCAAGGUUACCCACAUGAUCCUCCCAAAGUCAAGUGUGAGACUAUGGUGUAUCACCCAAAUAUAGAUUUAGAAGGCAAUGUUUGCCUAAAUAUCCUCAGAGAGGACUGGAAGCCUGUACUAACAAUAAACUCUAUAAUUUAUGGCCUGCAGUAUCUUUUCUUGGAGCCAAACCCUGAAGACCCCUUGAACAAAGAGGCUGCUGAAGUACUCCAGAACAACAGACGCCUGUUUGAGCAGAAUGUCCAGCGCUCGAUGCGGGGUGGAUAUAUUGGUUCCACCUACUUUGAGCGCUGCCUCAAAUAAAACUGACUGGCUCCGGGCACAAACUUGCUCCCCCUCCCCUCCCCUCAUCUCCCUUCUAGCUCUUUUAAGGGACUCGGCCAACACCGCUGCCUUCAAGGGGGCACAGGAGUCAGAAAUGGCAGGGGGCCCUUUCCAUCUUCUUUUUUCUCCCCUUUCCCCCUCCCAUCUGCUCACCCUACUGCCCCCUGCCAGCCUGGAGCUUCAGCAGCCACUGCCUCACCAGAUCCUUGUACCUCCCUCACUGCUCUCUCUCUGCUGCUGUGGGGUGAGGGCUGAGGUUACUGCUGCUUCUUUGUCUCACUCCUUGUGUUGGGGUAGCCACCUGUUUCUGACUGUGUGGGACCCAAUCAGUCUUUCUGGGAGCUGUGGUUUUGCUGCUAAGAACAGAAGGCUCCCUAUGUGCUCUGGCAUUCCUUCCUGCAAGUGCAGUGUUAUUCAGCUGCGAGAUCUGCAGGCCACUUUCCUCUCCUGCUGGGCACCAUGGCUUCUGACCGUAACUAUUUAUUAAAUGGGGGAGGCUCUUGAGGACUGGUGGAAGGCUGGAGCAGGGUGCUCAGCUGCCUUCACUCCGCCCCAGGUAUUGUGGCUCAAGGGGGAGGGGCUUGGCCAGGCCUGGGAUAUUUCUUCUAGGAUCAACUCACUUGGAUGUUUUGUUCUUAAGGAAAAGCUAAUAAAGCCACCACCUUCACCAUCAAACCCACCAAUGCUAAUAGUAGUAGUAAUAAAAGUAACAGGGACACUGCUGAUCCUAUUGUUGUCAACCAGGGCCUGCCCAGCAAUGAACUCUACUCUGCCUCUCCAGUGACUCCUGCAAGUCCCUGGCCAACAUAAAGCCACUGUAAUUCUAGUGUGUCGGGUUAUUAAAGGGGAAUGUUAGCACAUUCAA